AUGCCGGACGGUAAGGCAUUUUGCACCCACACUGCCUUGGUGGGCGGCGCGGCGGCCGAGCCGCUUGGACAGUCCGCGGCGCUCUGGGGCCGCGGCUUUCGUGCGGGCGGGGCCGCGGCGCGCAUGCGCGGCGAGCAGUACGUAGACGCGCCUGAUGGGUUCGCGGAUGUCCCUGCGCUCCCCGCGGCAACGGCUGCUGAUG